AUGGAUAUAAAGUUUAAUUUUGCUACGUUUAAUGUUUUCGGUUAUUUAGUUAUUGCAUUAUUAGCUGCUACAAGUAAUAUUAAUUCAUUAAACGGAGACUUUGUUUUUGAUGACUCCGAAGCUUUAAUUAAUAAUAAAGAUAUUCUUCCGACUACUCCUAUAAAAAAUGUUUUACAAAACGAUUAUUGGGGAACCAAUUUAAAAUUUAAUCAUAGUCAUAAAAGUUACAGACCUCUCACUAUAUUAAGUUUUCGAUGGAAUUAUGAAAUAGCCGGCGGACUUAAUCCACGGAGUUUUCAUUUAGUCAAUAUCAUUCUUCAUGUUUUCAUUUCAAUUUUAUCAUGGUCACUUUUUUUAGUUAUUUUGGGAAAGGAAAAAUUAUUUAUUGGUUUUUUAGCAGCCGUUUUGUUUUCUGUUCAUCCUAUUCAUAGUGAAGCAGUAUGUGGUAUUGUCGGGAGAGCAGAUUUACUGUCAGCAUUAUUCUUUUUUUUAUCAAUAUUAAUUUUUUCUAAAUCAAAUCCUCAAGAUAGACUGUCAUGGCUGUGGUUAAGUUUAAGUGUAAUAUUAGCUGGAGUGUCAAUGUUUUGUAAGGAACAAGGCAUAACUGUGAUUGGCAUACUUUGUGUGUAUGACAUUUUUUUCUUACAAAAUAUUAGUUUGGGCCAAUUAAUAUCAGAAUUUAAUAGUAUUAUUCGUUUAAAAAGUAAUUUAUCUCUAAUAAAUAAAAUAUGGAAAAGGCAACUUGUACUUAUCACAACAGGUCUGCUUUUAAUUUUGUUUCGUUGUUAUUUAAUGGAUUUUCAGAGUCCAAAAUUUCAAUGGGUGGACAAUCCUGCCAGUUUUGAAAAAAAAUGGCUAUCAAGAGUGUUAACUUAUAAUUACAUUUUCAGUCUAAAUUUAUGGCUGUUGUUUUGUCCUGAAUGGUUGUGCUUUGAUUGGUCAAUGGGUUGCAUACCGAUUGUUACAAUAAAUGAUUUACGAAUCAUAUUUGUACUAAUAUUUUGGUUAUCUCUUGCAUUUAUUAUAUGGAAAAUAAUUUUCAUGAAAAAUUUGGAAAGACAAAAAUGUGUUUUAAUGUCGCUUUCGAUUAUAAUCAUUCCAUAUUUACCAGCUUCGAAUAUUUUUUUUACUGUUGGUUUUGUCGUAGCUGAAAGAGUUUUAUACAUUCCUUCGCUUGGAUUUUGUUUACUUGUUGUUUGUGGAGUAGAAGUUCUCAUUCAAAAUUUUCCAUUGAAUAAAAAUGAUCUCACAUUUGGAUUUUCUUUACUUGCCAUUGUUUUUUUAAUAAGAUCAUAUGAAAGAAGUUCAGAUUGGAAAACAGAAGAAUCUUUAUUUAAUUCUGGAUCAUUGGUUUGUCCUUUAAAUGCUAAAGUUCAUUACAACAUAGCAAAAAGUGCUGUCGAUUCUGGAAACAUUGAUAAGGGCAUUAAAGAAUAUAGAGAAGCGAUAAGGUUGUUUCCAAACUACGAUCAAGCACUUAAUAAUCUAGCUAAUAUAUUAAAAUCUCAAGGUGAACUUAAAGAAGCUGAAGACAUGUUGAGAAAAGCUCUUGAUAUUAGAAAAGAAUUUCCGGCUGCUUGGAUGAAUUUAGGAAUUGUUUUAACUCAAAUUAACAAAUAUUCAGAAGCAGAAGAAUGUUAUAAGAAUGCUUUAAAAUACAGAAAGUAUUAUCCCGAUUGUCAUUAUAAUUUAGGGAAUUUGUAUCUCGCUCAGAAAAAAUACGACGAAGCUGAAAUGGCGUGGACGUCUGCGAUUAAACUCAAGCCAACCAUGUCACUCGCAUGGAACAAUCUCAUAAUAUUAAACGACAACAAAAAAAAUUAUAACAAAGCCAUAACUCUCGCCAACGAAGCACUCACCGUUUUGUCAAACGAUUCCGGAAUUCAUUUUAACAAAGCCAACACUUUGGGAAAAUUGGGAAAAUAUCAAGAAUCGGAAAAGCAUUUUUUAAAAGCUUUAAAACUCGAUCCGAACAAUUCACAAUAUUAUGCCAAUUUAGGAGUUUUAUAUCACAGGUGGAAAAAAUAUGGGAAAGCAUUGGAAUCGUAUAAGAAAGCUUUAAAACAUAAUCCGAAUUUAAAAAGCGCGAGAGAAAAUUACGAAUCGUUAAAAAAGAAAAUGUCGGAAAAUGUUUUAUAA